AUGAGUGAUUCGUCCGAGUACGAGUCUGAAACUGAUCACUCGUAUAAUGAUUCAUCUUUGGAUGAAUUUGGUGGACAUACGGAAGCUCUUCGACGGCAAAGAUCGGAUAAUGGGGUUGACAAUUCCAGUAAACCAUAUCGCUCCUCCACUCCCCAAGGCCUAUCUGACUCUGAGGAAGAAACUGAAGAAGAAGACGGAACUUUUUUUCACAUUGCACUCACCCCGACCGAAUGCACUGUCAUAUGCUCGAGUGCCUUAUUUAAAGAAUUGUUCACUGACCUGUUGUCCGUUUGCAAAAAGUUGGAGUUCGAAGAUGUCGUGAUUGUUGACGAGCCCUUCAUCAAUCUUCAGGUUGAUAGCGAUGGAGAGACGUACAAUUCUUCUAGGAUUCUCGAAUUGACGCGCCCGCUUUCAGAGAACAAUAUCCCACUCUUUUUUCUAUCAAGUCAUUUCACUGACAUUGUUUUGAUCCCAUAUAAAGUGAGGAACCAAGUCGUUGAGAUUCUAACUAACAAGUCAUUCGAAUUUUCUGAUAUAUCUAAUAGCUACAUUGCCAAUCUCCCUGCCGUCGAGCAAAAAUUGGAAGAUCUCAACAUCAACUCCACAGAACUCGAAGACAAGACGUCGAAACUCUUUAAGGAGAACAAUAUCAGACCAAAGAUCAGCAAAAGACUGAGACUUCUUCUAACGGGAGCAAGGCCCGGGAAGGUAAAGGAGGCUAUUGAUAAAGCGGCAAUGUGUAUUGGAUCAGGAUCCGUACCAGGAUACUUUGUCAUAACUAGGACCUCACUCAACGAGCUUUCACUUGUUCUCCCUGGGUCCUCUCGUCAAAGAGUCGCCAUGGGUUUCGAUUUUAAGUCUAUCAUUGGUUCGGCACUGGAUAUUAUCUUCCCGAUAUCUAUUGACUUCCGAAGCCUACCACUAGACUUGACUGGUGUAGUUGCAGGUCUAGCGGGCCGUAUUUUUAGGAAUUGUGAGGCUGACAUUGAAAUGAGCUACUUGUCAAUGGCACGUUCAGGUGUCCUUAUGAUCCCUGAAGAAAAUUUGGAGUCUGUCGCACUGGUGGUGAACAGCAUCAACAACAUGGAUUAG